CGGAAGUAGGAAGAAGAGAAACAAGUGGAGAAAAAUAACAUUUGUGAGACGAACAUUUAUGAUUUAUCUGAGUUUUUCCAUCACUGUCAGUUGAUUUAUUUAAGAUACACGUCCAGAAAGCGGCGGAGUUUCCUCUGAGGAGUAAACAGCGAGCGGGUUACCGGCUGUGAAACACCCGCGGAGCGCCCCGGAGGAUUCUCACCCCACCUCCGGCUUCUCUAUCCGGCUCCCGGAACCGCGCUGCCCCGGCAGUGAUGGCGUGGCAGUAACCGGGGAACACACGCAUGUUUCCGAGUCCACACCGGGAAGCAGAGCCGGGGGAACACCUGGUGGUACCAGAGCACCGGGGACACCGGAGGAUUCGGGGUUCGGGAUCAUGGAGGACGAGGUGCUGGAGCAGGUCCUGUCCGUGGUCAACACGCUGGUGUCGUGGAUCGCCGCCGGGGCCAUGGUGUUCGGAGGGGUGGUCCCCUACAUCCCCCAGUACCGGGACAUCCGGAGGACCCAGAACGCGGAGGGCUUCUCCACAUACGUGUGUCUCGUGCUGCUGGUGGCCAACAUCCUGCGGAUCCUCUUCAGAUUCGGGCGCUAUUUCGAGACGCUGCUGCUGUGGCAAAGCAUCAUCAUGAUCGCCACCAUGCUCAUCAUGCUGAACCUGUGCACCGACGUCCGCACGGCCACCGAGCUCAACACCAAGAGGCGCUCCUUCAUAGCGACAGACAGUAAGGACGAGGAGGUCAGAAUCCCUAAGAGGCUCUUUCUGGACUUUGAUUGGAGUUACUUCUGGCUGUGGACUCGCUUUGUGGACUACGUGCAGUGCGUGCUGGCCUUCACGCUGGUGGCGGCCUACAUCACCUACCUCCUCCUGGACUCGGCGCUGUUCGUGGAGACGCUGGGCUUCCUGGCUGUCUUCACGGAGGCGAUGCUGGGAACGCCGCAGCUCUACUGCAACUAUCAGAACAAGUCUACUGAGGGCAUGAGUAUCAAGAUGGUGCUGAUGUGGACCAGCGGCGACACCUUCAAAACAGGCUACUUCCUGAUCACCCAGGCUCCCGUGCAGUUCUGGACGUGCGGCCUGCUGCAGGUCUUGGUGGACGUGGCCAUCCUGUUCCAGGUGUACUACUACAGCCGCUACCCGCAGAAGCCGGUGUCCCACACCGUGUCCCUCACCACCAGUGCCAAAGCCCUGUGAGAGCGCCCGCUCGCCGCGGACCUCCCGAAGGGCCGAGACCAGGAGCCGCCGCGGAAAUGUGUAAACAUGAGAACCAAAGCACCUUGACACAACGCAGGCCGCUCACGUCCCGGCCUACACCAACAUGUAGAAACACUCAUAAAUAAGGCAUAAACACACCCGGACGUUUAUGGCGUCCGCUGAAGGACACUUGCGACACACAAAGCCGGAUUUGGAUUAUUUAUUACCCCGGCCCCUCUCGGUGCGGCGGCCUGCAUGCCUCUAGGAAUGCGGACCUUUUCAACCCGUGCAUGUGGAGAAUACUACGCACGCGCCCGAGCGGUGCACGCGUGGACCGCACUGCUGUCCGGGCUCGAAGGAACGAAACGUGUCCUCUGCGUGCCGCCAGUGAAUGUUGCAUGGAUCCUCUGCCUUAAAAGCACACACCCUCAGCUUGCUGCAACACCAGCAAUACAAAUGUUACAAGUCAAUCGUCAACCACACAUUACUGAAUGUACAAAACAGCUUUCCGUUGUUUGACCUCCCCAGCACAGCGGAGAAGUGCUGGCCGGCCUACCGCUUGUCGGGCGAAGGAUCACAAUCUUAUGGGGCGGAGUUAAGACAAUAAGUGUCAGGAAAGGAAAUUGAAUCUUAGUUGGCCGGGAUUAUUGUACUGAAGCAGUUGAUGGCAUUUUGCUCAUAAUUUCCUUCUCAAGCCAGAAAUUCUCCCAAAAAAAAAAAAAAAAAAAAAAAAAUCUCUUCACGCAGAUGACAUUACAUUAUUCGGUCAGUGCUCUCAUUU